GCCUCAUGUGACAGAGGUAGGUCAGGCUGAGCGGAGAGUCAGAGGGUUUAUUUAACUCGUCGCUCUGUCCUCCCCCGCUUUCCCAACGCGCCACCAAGAGGGUUACCUUCCUUCUGCGGCAGGACCACGGCGUGGAAAAUCGCAAGGACUUACUUGUAAAAAACCGAAAUAACCUUCUCAUUCGCGAGAGUAGCGUUAAACUAUAAGAAUCGAUUUUUUUUAAAGCAUUUUAGUGCAUUUCACUAACUGCCGCCUUUUUUAGUUUGUUUCUCAUCACGCGUAAAUAAAUGCGUUUUUAUUUGUGACUGCGUUGGAAAAGUAGCUCGACUCUGACUGCGUAAUUGGAGUUAAAAGAAUGGAGCGAAUUCCGAGCGCCCAACCACCUCCUCCUCUGACCAAACACCAGGCUGAUCUGUCAGACGUGCAGGGGAUGGAUUUCCCGAUGUAUGUUUAUAAACCCAGACGAGGACUGAAGAGAGGAGAGGAGAGCAAGGAAACCUACAAGCUGCCUCACAGACUUAUUGAAAAGAAAAGGCGUGACCGGAUAAACGAGUGCAUCGCUCAGCUGAAAGAUUUAUUGCCAGAGCACCUGAAACUCACGACUCUGGGCCAUCUGGAGAAGGCUGUGGUCUUAGAGCUGACACUGAAGCACGUGAAAGCCCUCACCUCCCUUCUGGAGCAGCAACAGCAGAAGAUCUUGGCUCUGCAGAACGGCAUGCAAAUUGAGCAGCCUCCUGUCAACCAGGAGAAGUCGGAGGAGAUGUUCCGCUCUGGCUUCCAUAUGUGUGCCAAGGAGAUUCUUCAGUAUCUAGCCAGUCAUGAGGCUGAUGGAAACUUCGCACCAUCCCAUGUGAUCAAUCACCUUCACAAGUUAGCUGCAGAGGUGCUACAAAGUCCGAUACGACCCCGCACCCCUCUCAGCCCUCAAUCUGAGGAGAUCCCUGCCUACCACCAGCACCAGCCUCACAAGGAGAUGCCCACCAGCCUACCGCCUAAACCCAGUGAGGGGUAUGGGAGGAACUGUGUGCCUGUCAUUCAGCGGGCGUAUGCUCCGCCAAGCAGUGAGCAGAGUGGCAGUGAUACGGAUACAGACAGCGGCUAUGGGGGAGAGCUGGAGAAGACAGAAUCGGUGGCGCAGCAGGGACGACCAGAUUACUACGGUCAGGAGAGCCAUCUGAAGCGAGCGCAGGGUGAGAGGCAGAGCUCUGGCAUCAAGCAGGAGGAUGACGAGCCGCGUCACAAACGUCCCCGGGUGGAGUCGUCUGAGGAUGAGCUGCUCUCAGGUGGAGAAUCGUCAUCAUCCUCGAGCGGUUACGGCAGUUACAUGAGUGUAUCCCCCAACCAUCCACCUCCUCCACAUCCCCUUUGCAUGCCUUUCUACCUCAUUCCACCUUCUGCUGCAGCCUACCUGCCAAUGCUGGAGAAAUGCUGGUACCCCGGAACUGUGCCCAUGCUCUACCCUGGCAUGGGAAGCUCUUCACCCGCCAUGUCCAAUGAAAGACCACCUCCACCUCAACUAGUGUUGUCUCCCAGGGGAGGCUCUCCAGCCCCGGCCAUAUCUCAGACCCCCAUGGACUCCCCUGCCCUCCUUCAGGCACUAAAGCAGGUACCACCCCUCAACCUGGAAACCAAAGACUGAGACACAGGAAAAGAGGUGAUCCUGUUCUGGUACCCAGGAGCAGAGACAGUAAUCAGAAUGAGAACAUGACUGAGCCUUUCUGUAAUCCAUACUCAUUCCUGUCCUCUGUUUCUCUGCUGGGAGGUCAAACAGCAAACAAGAAAACUGAUGUAGAACUCAUCAUGAGGUGAUGCAGGGGAGUGCGGCAUGCAUCCACACUCGGAAGAUACAAAGCUCUGGUUGAAUGUUUCAUGCUCAGUGAUAUUACUGCAAAGGCCAAUGUAUCGUGUAAACCGGACCUGCCCUGCACACACACCAACACACACACACACACACACACACACUCUUGGUUGAAUGUAAAGAAAGAUGUUUUUUAGAUGCUGCUGUGAAAGUAGAAACGCCGAUAACACUGAUGCAUCUCACAUGUAGCUGUUGCAGUAGUGACACGCCAUCUUUGUACUUUGUACUAAAGUGUUGCCCCAAAGGUUAGCAGUAAUAUUUCCCCCAGAGUUUGUUGCCCAUAUGUCACCACUGUUAUCACGGAAAAUGCCCUUCCACCCAGACACUAUGAUGACUGGCACCAUAAAAUAAAACCUCAAAUAUGUACAGACGAGAACAAGGGUACACCUAAUGCAAGGAUGAAGGAAUGGGCCACCACAUGACCACACUGAAUGAGAAGUUCUGUUUUUCUUUAAGAAACAGAGAGUUUAGAUGGAUUUUCUGUAAUUACUGUUUAUAGACCUCUUGUACAUUUCUAUUUUUGAUACCUGUUCUUGCACUCUGCCCGUCCAGAGAGAUAGAAGGAGGGCAGAGUGUGGAAAAUUGUACGUUGUGUACUCAGAAACUGUGUACAUACUGUAGCACUGUGCUGGACCUGGUCUGCAUACUCAACAUCUGUUUCUGCUCAAGUCAAACCUGGUGUUUGUUCUUGCUGUUGCCUUUUCUUUUUUUUUUCUUUUCUUUUUUUGUGAAAAGCUGAUAAAUCUCAGAUGUUUAUUCUCUGUACUACGUAUGAAUACUGGAGUCAAAGAAGUGAGGAGAGAAGUGAAUGUAAAAGUUUUACCAGAAGACUAGUUUUCUAUAGAAAGAGGUACUUGAGAUUUUAUAUUUUGGGACCUACAUGAAAGAUGUUUGAUGUACAUAUUUUGUCUAUAAAUGUUGAUAUACAUUAUAUAAGUGUAUUAAUAAAGUAUUUUUUUCCAGUGGAAAA